CCUCAGUUACAUUCAGUCAAACAACUGUCUUGUUUGUAAAUGACAUAAAAAAAACAAAACAGAAAUGAAUUUGGGUUACCUUGUUUUCGUUCUUAUUCUAUGUGAUCUCACUGAUGCUUCACCAGCAGGCAAAGUUUGCCCUGAGCAGCUUCCGGAGGUUGCAAAUGCCACAGUCUCUCAAAACUCCUUGAAGAACACAUACACUGAAGGGGAUGAGUUGCGGUAUAUGUGCAUGCCGGGCUUUACCCCUCAGGGACGGAUCUCUUUCACCUGUGAAAGACAACAAUGGAUUAAAACCAACAGGGGGCACUGCUCACCCAGGCGAUGCGAACUUCCUGAAGACAUCCCAAAUGGCCAGUACAGAAUUAUACAUGGCACAGACUUUGUUAUUGGAGCAACCAUCAAGUACACAUGCAAUGAAGGUUACAACAUGAUGAGCAGAGUGGACAUCAGAACGUGCCUGAUUGAAGGUUGGGAUAACCGCUUACCUCAGUGUGAAGAGAUACGUUGCUCUGUAGAAAAAACAGAUGACCACCUGGUGAUAAGUGGACAGCCGUACGAUGAUUCACCAUUGAAGUAUGGCCAGAGGUUACAAUUUGAUUGUGACGAUCCUACGUUGGGGCUACGAGGGGCAACAGAGGUCUCGUGUUCAACAGGUGGAAAGUGGAGCAGCCCAUUCCCUACAUGUGAAGAGGUUGUGUGUAUACCUGAGAAAAGAAAUAACGUUCGAAUUUUGGGUGGAUCCCAAAAUGAAGCAAAACCUGGAGAAGCACGAAGUUUCUCUUGCAAAGACCCAAAUAUGAUUCUGAGAGGAGAGGCAAAAGUUAUCUGUACACGGAGUGGAAGAUGGAAUCACCCAUUUCCCACAUGUGAAGAAAAAAGGCGCUGCAGUCUGCCACCGACUGCUGAGUCUGCAGAUGUCAUCGAUUUUGUGAAAGACCAGUAUGAGGAUGGGGAAAGAGUGACAUAUAAAUGCAAGACGUACUACAAAAUCUCUGGAAAUCCCUACAUGACCUGCAGUGAUGGCCAAUGGACAGGAACAAUAAGAUGCAUGAAACCCUGUACAGUCACAACUGAGGAAAUGGAUAAGAAUAAGAUACACCUGGCCCAUGGUCGCCAAAGAAAAAUGUACUCAGAACAUUUGGAUUUUAUCUCUUUCAAAUGCAAUUGGUGGAAAUCUCUCCAGACAGGCAGUCCUGGCCUCCGACAGCAGUGUAUUGACGGUGUUAUGCCUUUGCCUCGUUGUGCCUAAUUUUGGCCUUUCUUACACUGAUUUAGAUGAGUGUUCCUAAAGAAAACUCAGUAAAGAAUCUACCCUUAUUCAUACGCAUAUGACUGUAUUUUGCUCCAUGUUGAAAUAAAUGAAAUUACUUUAAAUUCA